AGAAUCCCUAAAAAAAUGACAGUUUUGAAGGAGCUGGCGGUCCGGCGGCCGGUGGCGGCGACGAUCCGGCUCACCGUGCCGGCGGGUGCCGCCCGGCCGGCGCCACCGGUCGGCCCGGCUCUCGGCCAGUACCGGCUAAAUCUGAUGGCUUUCUGCAAGGAUUUCAACGCCAGAACGCAGAAGUACAAGCCUGAGACUCCAAUGGCCGUGACCAUCACCGCCUUCAAGGACAACACCUUUGAGUUCACCGUGAAGUCGCCGUCGGUGACCUGGUUCAUCAAGAAGGCCGCCGGGAUCGAAUCCGGCAGCAGCCGCCCCGGCCACGUUGUCGCCUCCUCGAUCUCUAUCCGCCAUGUCUUCGAGAUUGCCAAGGUGAAGCAAUCUGACCCUUUUUGCCAGUUCAUGCCUCUUGAAUCCAUUUGCAAGUCCAUUAUUGGUACUGCUAAUGCUAUGGGGAUUCAGGUUGUCAAAGAUCUUUGAAAUUUCAUUGAAAAAAAUGACAUUUUUCACAUAAAACAAUCCAAGUACUCAUUGUUGCUCUUUGAAUCAUAACUAUGCACUGCUAUGUUUUAUGUUUUUGAAGUUACACUUGAUUCUGAUUUUUCUAA